CAUAACGUCAAGAGCAUGAAAAUAAUUUAAUGACAGGGCGCAGCUUGCCUUCUUGGUACCAUGGUGUUCGGAAUGCUUUCAUUUCGACUUCUGUCCUGCUGCUCCAGCUUACUUUUAGGUUUACCAGCUUGGACAGGAGCUCAUGAGACGUCAUAAGUUUUCAGUAGUGCUUUACUACAUGUAGUAUCUUCACUUCUUCAGGUUCGAAAAGAGAGUAAAUAAUUGAGAGCGGUUCCAGAUAAUUGUUUUGUCACAUUCGCUGCAUUCAUACCUACCAAUACAAGACCGAAUUUUUCAACUCCUAACACUAUGAAUGCCGAAAUGAGUGUGUGUGUUUACGCCAGAAACGCUAAUGGAGGUAACGAUGAGAAAGGCAGAUUGGAAUUGGUGAAUGACUUUCCCACUUGUAUGGAUCGGUGGAACACCAACGAGGAGGCAGCCAGAUAUUUGGUAUCAGUUGACUAUCAUCGCGAGUGGAUGUCAAGGGAACCUCCACAUAGGCCUGCCAGCGGACAGAUGUUCAUUUUCGAUAAGAGAGAGGUUAAAUUCAAGAAGGAUGGCUAUUCUUGGAAACGGAGGAAAGAUGGCCGCACCCCUCGAGAGGAUCAUAUGCGCCUAAAAGUGUUUGGUGUUGAAUUGCUGUACGGCUGCUAUGCUCAUUCGGCGGAUAGUGCAUCAUUUCAUCGGCGUUGCUACUGGCUUCUUCAGACGCCAGCGAUAGUAUUAGUUCACUACUUGGAUGUGCCUUCGGAAGACAAAUCCUUGUCAGGGAUAUCGGAUACCGAUCUUCUGCAGCUUGUCAUGUCCAAACCAUGCCUGCUGGAUAAGCUACGCACCCAGCUGACGCCUGCUUUGUCCUCACUCUCCGCGUGCCCGGAUGUCCCGCAAAUCAACCACUCUGCCUCGCCACGCUCGUCACCAAUUUUGAAACACCCUUUGCAGCAACAGCAGCAGCCGCACACGCCGGUUAUGCUAGAGCCACUAGCGCAUGCUAUGAACACCGAGCCCUCUCCGUCCGUUACCAUUGAAGAGAUGAUGCGGGUAGGCGAGUUGGCCCGCGAUGUGGCUAGCUUGGGUUCUCGCAGCAGCUGCAGUGUUCCUAGUAGUCCACAAAUGAUGCCCGGCCAGCAUAGUCCCGUAUCGCUAGCGAGUGAUACUACUAUACUUCGACAACCCGAAAGCUGGCCACACUGCGACAGUCCAACGCCUAUGCGUACGCCUGGCCAGAACGCAACCAUACUGCAGCAACCACAUGGUUCACCAUCAGCCGUGGAGAUCCUUGACUUCUGCCCCGAUUGGUCGUACCCGGAGGGUGGUACCAAAGUGGUGAUGACAGGUACCAUGCCCGAUCGAGCCGACUAUGGGCUGGCUUUCGGUGAUGAAUAUGUACCUGCAACCGUCGUCCAGCCUGGAGUGCUGCGUUGCUUCUGUCCACCUCACAGUGUGGGCCUCGUACCUCUCCAGCUCUACUGUAAUAGUAUUCCGGUGGCCAAGGCAGCUGUCUUCGAUUACAAGCAGAAGCCAUUCAGCCGGAACUCAUCGCCAAUGCACAGCCCGCACUGCUUGCGCUUGAACUCAUCAGACCAAGAGAUGCAGUUCGCAAUGGACGACUCAGUUCAUGUCAAAGCAGAGCCAGGUAGUGGCUUUGACCAGUUCACAUUCGUACCGCCGCUGGCAGAUGUAAGCAGCCACAGCACCGACUCAAUGUGGCAUGGUCAGCAUUUGUCAUCACUUGACUGCUCGUCACGGCACAACAGUACGGGCACUCAGAGCAGCUUAACGCUUUCCUUGACGACGCCUCCAGAGUCGGACUCCUCUUUUCACAACACCAUCAGUGCUACGUCGUCAUCCACAUCGGUCGGCUCGAUAUUCGAUGAUCCAGAGGCUCCGUCUGUGGCAGAGUGGUGUGAGGUGUUGAGUGAUGGCCGGAACGUACUGCAUGAGGAUUUCAAUCGACUUGACCUGUCGGUCACUGAAACACAACAGCUGUUCUUGGCGGCAUCCACAAUUCAGUCAGCGUUCCGAAAAUACAGGAGAAAGACCAAGGAGGAGGAAAAACAGAACAGCGCUGCUGUGCUUAUUCAAAGUUGGUAUCGUCGCUAUAGGCAUGUCACAGCUGCGAAGAAACAAGAAACCGUGCGUGCUGAGGCAGAGACUAUGGCUGCAAUGAAGAUUCAGCGCUUCUUGCGUCGUUCCAUGCAGAAGAGAAGUCGAGGGAUAAACCAGCGGCCAUGGUCAACAUCAAAGCUCCCCAUGUUUUCCAGUGAAUAGGCAUGCUUCCCGUCAAAGACUUUUAUCUGGUAUUUUUCUUCUCAUAAAGAGCAGAAGGUCAAAUUUUAACUUUUGAACACUAGUUCCUACUUACAAUUGCUAUGCCCAUAUUUCUGCUGCUCUAUUUAUAUAAACUGGCGGCCAGUUCUCAAUGUUUUUAAUAUGAUUUGAAAGUCGUCUUCUAACCGUGUCUCUUUUGUGAACAAUCUUCUGUUUCUAGCCUAGUCUCAUCGAGCAUGCUACCACAGUGUUGGUUUAGCUUUAUACCAUGCCGUUUGCAGCACUGCUGCGCUGUUUUUUAUAGCCCCGGCGUCUCUCUCUUUCUCUCUCUCUCUUUCUUUCUUUCUUCUUCUCUUACCUGCCUCUUGUACCCUUUCCUUUCUUUACAUCAUGGGCGCACACACGCGCGUGCGCAUACGCAUACACACGGGCACACAGCGCUCUCGCCCUUCUUAGCCAUCUAGUCAUGGUUGUUGCCUGUUUGUGAUGGCCAUCUCCAAGGCAGUACGCAAGCGGCUGAUUUAUUCUAGAGAACCCGGUCACUGUGUGGAUACGCGCAUCCGCAGCAGCCAUUACUCUCGCACACUUCAGCAUUGAAGAUACUUUGUUCACUCGCACUGAACCACACUCUGGUAGCACGCGCACUCAAUGUUGGCUUGCGCACCGCGCUUGAUAGAAGUCGUCAGCCUCCAACCGAUCUAUGUCUUCUCUCAACGCCUUUGUCUGCCGCAUCUUUCAUUUCAGAAUUCCGGCGUCAGCCACUUGCACUUAUAUGCUUUUACUCUGCUCAGUCGUCUCGUUCAGCUUGCAACUGUUGCUGCUUUCAGUAUGCCCAUCUGCACACUUAGGCACUGAUUCGUGGAUUCGGCAUGUCUUGUGUAACUUGAAAUUUAAUCUUUUUUCUCCUUUCUCCAUUGUUUUUUUGUUGUUGAUUUUUACCUGUCUUUUUCCCAAUACUAGAGUACAUUGUUCUGAACUGAACUAGCCAUAUGAGGACCUCCAUGCCUUAGUGACCUAUAUUAUAAUAAUGCCUGCCUUUUCCGCUUAGUCUCGAGAACAGUCUGGACAGAUCUAUAUCCAUCCUGUGCAUAAUCUAUACAAUGCAUCGCUGUUCUUCCAGUUGCUCUAUAUACAUGGUUUGUCCGAUUCCCAGUUGAGGUCAUGUACAUCUUUGCAAUGACGAUAGAUACUAAACUGUCUUUUCUCCUUGCUGAAAUAUACACCGCACUUCUGUGCAACGUGCUA